UUCACGUACAAUGUUUAAUCUCGCACGAGUUAUCGCUCACAUCUUCUACGGUCAAACACGUUUUCCCAGUGUUCCCUCAAUAACAAUAAGAUAAAACGUCGUUCCACUCCGGAGUUUGAACUUGUCAGAAAAAAAUGUGAAUAGUAUGGUUAAAGAAGUCAACAACAAAGAAAUAAAACACGAGUGCUCGCGGUCCGAAGGGCUGCACACUUAUCCCGAUCACUUCAGGGAAGACGCGCCGAUUGAUGACUGAGCGGGGACGAUUUAUUUUCAUGAAACACUGAAGAAUUUGUCCUGGGGCAGGACUUUGUACAUACUGUAAAUAAUAAAAAACAAAAGGGAAAAACGCCGAGGGGAACAGCACGAACAACUGCGACCGAAGAUUCAAGGACAGCGACAGAGGGCCUCGAGAGGGCUCGAGCUACACUCUUUUGCCCAAAAUUUCCAUAUUAUUCGACGGCUUUUUCUCCCCCUUCGUAUAAAUAACGAGGAUACUUUGACCGAAAGUAAACAUGAAAGGAGCUCAGGACAAUACUUCCCUCGGGAUGAAACUACUGACUGCAGGAACAGCAGCCUGCAUCGCUGAUCUCGUCACUUUUCCUCUCGACACGGCUAAAGUCAGGAUGCAGAUCGCCGGAGAAUGUCGUCCGAUUUUGGUAGCAUCGGCGGAGGGUUCGGUGCUGGCGAUUGGAUCGAGUCGGCCUGGUUUAUUCCAAACGAUCGGGAACAUCGUGAGAGUCGAGGGUGCAAGGAGCCUGUACGGAGGUCUUUCCGCGGGACUCCAGAGACAGAUGUGUUUCGCCGGCGUGCGUUUGGGACUCUACGACAGCGUCAAGUCACUCUACGCUGGAAUCAUCGACGGUAAAAACCGCACGGGCUCGGUGAAUAUCGGCGUGUGUAUGGCAGCUGGAAUAACGACCGGUGCUUUGGCGGUUCUUAUCGCUCAACCCACUGACGUCGUCAAAGUCCGUCUCCAAGCUGGCACCUUGGGCAGAAGUUCCGUCAGAUACAACUCUACCCUUCAUGCUUAUAAAAGUAUCGCCUUUAACGAAGGCCCGCGUGGCUUGUGGAAAGGAACCUUUCCAAACGUAACGAGAAACGCGAUUGUCAACGUCGCUGAAAUAGUAUGCUACGAUGUGAUCAAGGAAACGAUAUUGAAUUACGGGAUAUUGAGAGACGGAAUACCGUGUCAUUUGGUGGCUGCAACGACGGCUGGAUUAUGCACAACCCUCGUAGCGAGUCCAGUUGACGUUGUGAAGACUCGUUACAUGAACUCGUCACCAGGAGAGUACAAAGGUGCGAUGGACGCAGCUAUAAAAAUGUUGGCCAACGAAGGACCGUCGGCUUUCUACAAAGGUUUCGUGCCCAGUUUCGCUCGACUCGUAUCUUGGAAUAUCGUUCUUUGGAUCACGUACGAGCAAAUCAAACUUCGUCUGAGAAGCUCCAAUAAGGAUCGUUGAAGAGGAUUAAAAUCGCCAAUCAAAUAUCCAAAUCAUAUCUCACUACAAAAUUCGGAACCAAUAUAAACUUAUCGAUUCAAGAACAAGAAAUUCGUGUGUCUAAGAAAAUCUUCGGUUAUUCAUCGUAAAAUUGCGCCCUUCGUAUUUGCAUGAGAAGAGCAUUUUUCGAUUAAGAAUUAUUUUUUCUCUCCGUUUGAUCGAUAGUAUUUUGUCUACUGACUUAUCGAUCGAGGGUGUUUUUUAGAGCAUGAUUUUAAAGCUUCAGAAAAUUUGUAUAUUUUUUUGUACUCCGAUGAAGGUACAAGUAAUAUUAGAAUCAUGACAACGCUGAAAAGGUUGGGCCGUUUAAAGGAAUCUCUGCAUGGAAACAAAAUAGAAUGAAAAUAUUCGUCAAAAUUGCCGUUAUAAAUCAUUGAUCAUUAUUGGAGUCCAACCAUCGUUGAAAAAAUCAUGCGCUGAACAGCCUCGUUGUGUAGAAACGAUUAUAAAACUAUCAUUAGUAAAGUUUUACGCACGUACAUCAAUGUGACAAUAAAAUAAUGAGCAUCAGCUGCUGCUAAUUUUUUUUUUUUAUUUACGUCAGGUUAUUGGAACCUAAGGGAAAUUAAAACUCGAAGCUUUUUCUCUUGCCAACUUCGAACACUUUGUGGGUUCGUCAUCGAUAAUCAGUUCGAUAAUAUGGAAUUGGGGUUACAUCGAAUUGUAUAUACUCCUAAGCCAAUUUUUUGAUUACGGGAUUGUUAGUUGGGUAAAAUUGGAGUUAUGGAAUUUUGUGUGGCUAGAGUAAUGCGAAAAUCAUUCGAAUUCUAUGUUUCGCGAUUUUUUUUCUAUCUUGUAUCUACGCUGUCGAAUCUCGACGAUGCGCUUCUGCUAACUCCUUUUUUUGCUUUUCUACAAAACUAUUAAUAAAACGAAAUGAAGCUUUAACUCCAUAA